UCACCUUCCUUUUUCCUCUCCGUUUCCGGCGGAGGCAGCGAGGCGCCGCUCGGCCUUCUCCCCCCCGCGUCUCGCCUCGUCGCGCGCGCGUGUGCCCGGCGACCACGGCAUCCCGGGAGGCACGGGGUGGACGCCCUCCUCUCCUCUCCUCUCCGCCCCCGCCCUCUCCCCUGCGCGGGCCGCGUCCUCGCGCGGCGCACGGCCGGCGCGGCGAGCAGGUUUUGAGGUUGAGGGAGAGGCGACGCGGCCGCGGCCUCGUUCCUUCCAUCAGCCUCCGCCUCGGGUCGCGGCGGAGUCGAAUCGAAGCCUUCCGAUUCUGCCGCAGGAAUGGCCGGAAAAGGGAGCUAUGUUCCGCCUCAGUAUGUACCUUUGUAUGGCCUGGAUACUGAGGAGGACAGCCUUCCUGCGGAGGAGAAUGAUGCUACGCGCCACAAGUUAAGCCGGGAUCCUACACAAUGGUCUUCAGGCAUCUGUGCUUGUUUUGAUGAUCCACAGAGCUGUUGUAUUGGUGCAAUUUGCCCCUGCUUCCUUUUUGGAAGGAAUGCUCAGUUUUUGGGAUCUGGAACUCUUGCUGGAUCAUGCACUACACAUUGUAUGCUUUGGGGCCUUCUUACAAGUCUCUGCUGUGUGUUCACUGGGGGCCUUGUAUUAGCAGUUCCAGGGUCUGCCGUUGCUUGUUAUGCUUGUGGAUAUCGACAAGCACUAAGAACAAAGUACAAUCUCCCGGAAGCACCAUGUGGUGACUUAACGACACACUUAUUCUGUCACUUGUGUGCUAUAUGUCAAGAGUACAGGGAGAUCCGUGAGAGAACAGAUAGCGGCUCCUCUUUGGCUCCCACUGUGCCACCUCCAACCCAGACAAUGGAUAAGCCUUGAAUGGAAUACGGAUGAAACAUCUCCAUCUGAGUUCUGACAAAUUUAUGGUUUUUGUUGCCAGUGUUUGACAUUUUCUUUGGUUGUGCUUUCACGGUAGUACCACGAGGUUGGUUCCAUGUAGUUGGUGUAAAGAUAAUUUUUCGACAAAUGAGCAAAUCACACAGUUUGCUCUUGUAGCUGUAUCAUUGGACUGUAUCACCAUUGUUACGUGUUAACAGUUUUUCAUAUAUUGAGAUGUGAUGACAAAAGUAAAGAACA